AUGCAAAUAUCGCGGAAAAACACGGAUCAGACAAAUAACGAAGGAGCUGAAGUAUUUGGAAAAUUAUUAUACGAUGAGCCCAGCGGGGUAUUAAGUAACAUGAUAUUACCAUCCCUCAGAAAGAGACAAGCACAAGAUAAAGCUGGUAUCCGAGCGAAUCUCAAAGAAAGAAUUCGCAAUAAAUCGGGGCCACGCCCCGCACAUGUUACGAUUGGCGCACAUGUUGGGAAAAAUGGGGAAAAUCGGAGAUUUACCCACGUAUGCGAAAGAGUUGGGGAGGCGGGUAAGACAUGUGAAGAAACGGCUUAUUGGCUUCUUAGCGAUUGUGAUCUGAGGGGCGAUUCGUGA